AUGAGGUUCUCAACCUUGUGGCCCGCCGGUGCCCUGCUGGCAGCUGCCCAAUAUGUAGUAGCACAGGGCACGGGUCCAGGAAACGGGUCUUCUAUUCCUCCCUACACUGUUAUUACUUCCUACACUACUUCUAUGAUUCUCAUUACCUCUUAUAACUCUGCCGAUCCAGCUCAGAGCUCUGAUCCUCCCACGACCUCCAAGCCCGGUACAGACACGCCACCUAAUCCCAGCACCAGCAUCAGCACCGACACCACGGUUAGCACUGUCAAUGGCGCCUCUACAAGUUCCACCUCGCAUUCAGUCACCACCUCUGGUGGUGAUGCUACUGUUAGCCCGCCGAUACACACGUCUACAACUGGUGCUCCGCCAACGACGUCCAAGCCAACGACGUCCAAGUCAACUGUGGUUACUACCAGUCUGCCAACCACGUCUACGACUAGUACUGCGCCUACUACUUCCAAGUCUACUGCAUCUGGGUCGACUACAUCCAAGUCAACUUUGGUGAAUCCUCCUGGUGGUGGCCCUACUAUCAGCCUGCCAACAUACACUUCCACCUCCACUUCCACGGCAAUCAUUACUACUACCAGUACAACAAGCGCACGCACACCUACACCCACUCCGACGACAGGUGCUCCUACUACCAGUAACGCCAAUACAGGUACAAUAACGGCACCGGGUGGUCCCACUCCUGCACCCCAUACCACCUCAAGCAUUGGCGAUUUCAUCGGCCCCAUGCCGUCCGUUCAGUUUGAUUCCAGCCUAUCUGCCAUCUCCACCAGAUUUGUCGAUGUCGUUCCAAGCCUCAGUUCCUGGAUUGUAGACCCAGAACCCCCGGAGCAGACAGAUAUUAUCGAAUACAUCACUGGGCUUGAGAAUGAAGUGGAAGACCUCAUCUCUGAAAUCGGCGGGUCCGGUGACUGCCCUUUCAUGAAGAAGCGAGGCCUGGUGGACAAAAUAUUCAAGAUGGCCGCUGAAUCGGUUUUUGGUGCAUUGAGCUGUGUUUUGGAUAAUACAAGGAGCCUGAAGAAGUCGGUUAAAAAUAAGGACAAGAAGGGCGCCAAAAAGUUCGUGAAGGACCUGCUCGAGGAGGAAUUGCCUGAUGUAGGCGGCGCUGGCGGCGGCGGCGGUGGUGGAGGAGGAGGAGGAGGUAAUGGUGGAGGAGGAGGAGGAGGAGGAGGAGGUGGUGGUGGUGGUGGUGGUGGUGAGGGCAAUGACAACAACGAUAACAACGACAAGGACGAUGACAAGGACAAGGACAAGACUACUACAACCACCAAAUCCGAGUCGACCACAUCGUCGACAUCUUCGUCGUCGACAUGUACUUCGGACGCGACUGCACACAAAGUGACAGUGGUCUGUAAAUCAACUUCAACCACUGCAGGUGGUUCGACAUAUGGAACCACGACUUGCUCGCCGACAACCACCCUCACAACAAUUGGGUGCUCCGUCACAGACACUACAACAACGGUCACUCCAACCCCGACAUCUGGUCCGUCACUGUGUGAAUUCGGUUCAUGCGGCAAUCGCAAUUCAUGUCCCCGUGUUGGGAAGGGCGGAUGGGCUAAUAUCGGAUCUAUCGACUGCUCAAAGCUCCGGACCAGUACAGCCUCUGCAUAUCCAACCUACCCAGCUGUCUCUCACAAGCAGAAGCGCAGCGAGCUGGUGCAACGUAACCCCAAUCCCGAUCCAUUACCUGAGGUUCAAGAUGCAAGGGCGUACCUGACAGGCAUACAGCACCAAAUAACAAACGAAAACAGAUGGCUUGACUGGACUCCUUCCUAUACGACGGGAGAAUGGUUUCCAUUCACCGGAACGGGGAAGACUGCCAUGGGGCUGAGCUCACUGUACGGAUGUACUUCGGUGGUCAUUGUAUCACGGAAUGGAGUGUAUAUCUCCCAUAUCUUUGAGAGCCCGGUCUUCAUGGGGCGUGAUGCCAAUGGCGAGGCAAUACUCUCGGACGUACAAUGGUUCCAGAAGUGGACACUACACGCUCUUGCUUAUGGGGGCUCUGAAUACCCUAGGAUCGUCCCAAUUGCAUCCUUGGUUGGAACUGACGACAACAUGGGCCCUCUGCACCCUUUUUACAAACCCUGGGUCGUUAUUGUCACACCAUUCCAAGACGGGAUGAACAGCGGACCUCUAAAGUAUGAAACACGGGUUAGCUGGCUAGCAACUUCGAUCAGUAAUGUGCUUUACGCAAAUGGGUACCCAGCAGAUAACCCGGAGCCGUGGAUGAAAGUGGGCUAUCAAGCCACUGAGUUCGAAUCUGCCUAUUCAGAUGAUGAACUCGUCGGCAAAAUUGUUGUGGAAGCUACGCCGAUACAGUAUAUGAUGAACUUGCCAAGUUUCAUAGCUCCAGUCGGCCUUUGGCGGUUAUGGGUUGGUGGAAGGCAUAUUGUCGACAACCUCAUUACCUACCCCGAUAUCGCGUUCCCUGUCGGCAACCACAAGCACCGACGGGAAAUCGAUGUCAAGAAAAUAUGCCCGAUCAAAACAUCGUCUCACACUACCUUUGCCACGUCCACAAAGUCUUCAACUACCUCGAAGACUACGAAGACCAGUUCGUCGACUACCUCGAAGACUACCUCGACUACGAAGACUACCUCGACGACAUCCAAGACCACUCACGGGGUGAGACCAGCUGGGCAACCCCCAGGCUUCGAUCUACCCACUGCCACUCAGGCAUCCAAAACCCAAGCCGAAACCCAAACCGAAACCCAAACCCAAGCCAAAGCUACGCCCACCAAAGUAUGCUUAGCAGGCAAGGACUACGUCCCUGUGGAGCAUGACCGGGCCAAAAUAGCAGAGGUGGCAGAGCAGUGCAAGGGCGCCUUGAACGGCAAAAAGCUAUUUCAAGCUGAUGACAAGGCCAUCAAAUGGGGCCCUGUUGCGCUCCACGGCACUAAUUACUACGCCUACGUCUCUUGGAUAGACGGCUGCAAGGGCCCGGCUCAGGAUCCGUGGUCGCCGAAGAGUGGGUACGACUGCGCAACGAUUUUGAAGGAAAACUACAGCUUCGAAUGGUGCGAGAAGGGGAAGGGUAGUGAUGGACAGGGCGCAUUUUCUUGGGGCUUGCCCUACGGAGGUUUCACCAAUAUAGGGUGCCUGACCUAUCGUUCCUGGCAUACUGAUGGCGGCAAAACGAUUAAAUUCAGGUCCUGA